AUGAUCUAUCAGGUGGCACUCCUCAUUGCGGAACAAAUUGAGAAUUUCGGCAAGAAACGCGACAUCGGCGACGUGGAAUUCUUACCUGCGCUCGACAUCUUCGAGAACGAGAUGGUAUCUGUUCUGUCGGAUGUCGAAAAGUACGUCGACACGACAAAGCCAAGCUUGGUUGAGUUCAAAAGGGAGCGGAAAUUCCUCCACAGGCUCUCGGACGUCCGGAGUGAGCUUGUCAUGAUACUUUACGUUCUUGAGCAGCAAAAGGUAAUCUUAGAAGACCUACUUAACGAUACCGAGGAUUGUGAUCCGAACUGCCUGGAAUGUCGCUGGCUGGGUGGUACUCCAAAAUGGGAUCUCGUUGAAAACGCUCGAAGCACCCUUCGGCAAUAUGAAGAACGGAUCAAGAAGAUUGACGGCGACGCGGAACAGAUCGAGAAGGCUGUACAAGACAUACUCGAGCUGAAGCGGACCUACAGCAGCAUCAAAGACGCGCACAGCAGCGUCCUUCUCAGCACGGCCGUCAUUGGCUUCACGGUCAUAACAGUCGUCUUCGCGCCCCUGACUUUCCUCACCGCGCUCUUCGCGCUGAAAAUCAACGGGUUCGACAAACUACAGGUCAAUGGAUCGGAUCCGGACAGCCCCUACAGGAGCGAUUAUAUGGGCGGAAUAUUCGUUAGUUCCGAAGCCCUCACUAUAGCAUUGACUGCUGUUGCUGUCAUAGUGUCGCUGCGGUACAUUAGAAGUUGGGAUCGGCUCGAGGAAGAAGAUCUAAAGAAAGAGACGGUGGGGAAAGGCAAGAGCAAAGCGUGCAACGAUGAACUAGGCUCAAAAGGAGGCGCCGGAAAGUCUGACUUGGAGUCGCAAUAG